CGCGUUGUCCGAACGGGCGGAGUGCCCCUCUGGAACUUCCUGCGCUCUUCCUUCGCUCUUCCUUCCAACUCGGACUCCCAUCCCCGCCCCGGAGAGCUUCGUCAACAACACACAAACCCACUCCAACCUCCGUCACACUCUUACAGUGGUGCCCUCAAGCACCCCACCCAACCCCUACAAUGACCUCCCCAACCGCCCACAGCACCCCAACCCUGCCCCUGCCCAAACCAAGCACAGCAGGCACAGCCCCCGCCAAGCUCGAUCCCCGCCACACCACCACGAACGACAUCCUCCCCUCCUCCGGCAACAUCCUCGACUUCACCACCAGUCUCGAGACCGUCAUCGGCGCGCCCUUUGCGAGCGGGCACACGAGCCGGGCUGGAUCUGAUCAUGGGGAUGACGAUCAUGGAAAUAACGACGACGAGGAGAGAGAGGGAGAAGAUUUGAUUGGCCGUGCUGCGGAACCUGAACAUGGUGGCACGGCGAGGUGGAGUGAUUUGGUAACGGGUGAUGUUCAUCGUCGUCGCGGGGAUGAUGAUGACGACAAUGUCGGUCAGGCUCAGCGACGUGAUGAGGAUGAGGAGCAGUUCUCGGAGGAGGAUUAUCAUAAGCUUGUUGAUGCGGUUCAACGUGAGGAGCGUGAGAAGGACGGUGGAGACGCUCAGCAGCAGGAUGAGUUCACUGAGGAGGAUUAUCGGAAGCUUAUUAUCAGGGUUGAGCGGCAGCGCUCCUCACGCAGCGUGGGAGAGGGGGCCGCUGCGUUCUGGGGAAACGAUAAUAAUGGCGAAAGCGACGAUGAUGACGACGAGGUGGAUGAUGAUCUGAUGGAAGCGUACGAGCAACUGUACGAGGAUGCACAGGACGAGGCCAAUGAGGAGUUGCAGCAGGAGGCGGACAUGAGAAAAAACGCUGGUGACGACCAAGACGAAGAUGAAACCGGAAAGACCGAAGAGCAGAUCCGCACCGAAAAAUGGCACAAACGCUUCACCGACGCCGUCAAAGCCCACCGCGCCUCCAUCGCCGCCCGCGAGCAUCAAAAGACCACCACCAAUACCCAAACCGUCUCCCCCCAACAACCCGCCCGCGACCCCUUCCACCCCGCCGGCAUCCUCCGCAACCCCCUCAAAGCGCCCCCACCUACCUGGCACCCCGCCUGCUUCUGCCAAUGGGAAUACUACGGCCGCAUGGUCGAGUGCACCAAACUUCUCAAGGGCUGCAAAGGGUGGUACCAUUUCCCGUGUGUGGGCUUUCAUCGCCAGUGGACGAACGCGCCGAGUGAGGACUGGACGUGCCCGCUUUGUGUGGUCAGUGAGCGGUUGGGCGUUACCGAGAAGGAAAAGGGGUUGGAGGGUGGGGAGGCGGUGGAACCCGUCGGUCGCGCUUUGCCUACCACCAAGAAAACCAAAACGGCUGCUACUACUACUACUACUACUACUAAGAAACCGACCACGACGAGGAAACGAAAAGUGAACACAGAAGACUCGUCGGCCAACCAACCGACCCAAAAAGCCCCGCGACGCCCAACCCCGUCCGUGUCAUCAAGCACUGCAAAGACCACCAGGGAACCCGCGUCGAAGAAAGAGAAACUCCCCCCGCCGCCUGUGUCGCAUUCCAGCAAGACGCGGAGUGCGAAUUCGAAGGUUUUGAGGGCGAGGGUUGUUAGUACGCGGAAGUGACGAAUUAUCUGAGGAGAGAGGAGGGAUGAGGGGGGAUGUACGGGGAGGGAGAGUCGUGUAGCGAGAAAUAUCCGGAGAGAUGGGAUGUAGGAGCUGCGGAAGAAAAAUGGGAGGAGAGACGGGAGUGGAAAUCUCGAGGUUUUGAAAUUUUUUGUUAUUGCUUUUUUUGUUGGUUUCGUUUGCGACAGAUUCGCGGGAGGGCAGGUCGUCUCUCUGCCGCGGAGUGGUACAUACAUGUAUGUACGGGACUCGGUUUUUGAAGCCGGUUCCUCGUUGCGGUUUUGGAGUUCUCUUUUGUGAUCAGGAGCUUUUGUAGCAACAUGAAUAAGAAUGGGAGAAUUUACAAACGGAUCAUUCGAAUUGGGUUU